GGCUCUUGUUGUCAGCUGUUGUCUUGAGUCCUGUUAGACCCUCCUCACUCCUCUUUUUCACUCUGCCGAAACUGUGGACUGGCUGUCUUAUUGUCUUCCUUUUCCAUUUGAACUGAACAGUCGCAUGUGCGAUGAUGGAAGGCAGUGACCAGACCUCUGAAAACUCCACUGAACAAGUAAGUGGCACCGAGGAGCAGCCAGCAGACCCCAUGGAGGUCUUCAGCAGGCAGCUAGAAGAUAUAAUCAACACAUAUGGCUCAGCAUCCAGCUUGAUGCAGGAGCAGAUCUCCAUCUUGGAGACAAAUGAGGAGGAGGAAGCAAAAGCUGAUGAAGAGGCUGCUCCCAAAGAAGCUGAAGCCAGCCCAGAGAAGGAGCAGAAAGCUGAUAAAAAACUCCUCAAGGGCCUGGGUAAAGAGGCCACGUCCUUAUUGCAAAGUCUGAACAAGCUCAGCUCACCAGAAGAGAAAGUGGAAAUGGUGUUAAAGAAAUACACAGAGCUGGUGGAGGAACACAGAUCUGAGAAGAAACAGCUGGAGCAGCUUCAGCAGAGACAGGGUCUUUUGGCCAAGCAGAGAGAUCAGCUCCAGUUUGAGAACAGCCGUGCUAUCCUGGCCCGCAGCAAGCUGGAGUUGCUCUGCAGGGAGCUCCAGAGACAUAACAAGACACUAAAGGAGGAGAGUCUGCAAAGGCUGCGGGAGGAUGAGAUGAAGCGGAAGGAGAUCACCACUCAUUUCCAGAGUACGCUGGUGGACAUUCAUGCUCAGAUCGAGCAGCACAGCAGCCGCAACAACAAGCUGUGCCAGGAGAACAGCGAGCUGGCCAGCAAACUCAAGAACAUCAUAGAUCAGUACGAGCGCAGAGAGCAGACCUUAGAGAAGAUAUUCAAGCACCGAGAUCUACAGCAGAAAGUGUCUGAUGCCAAACUGGAAGAAGCCAAGAUGCUACUUAAGGAAGCAGAAGAGAAGCACAAGAGAGAGAAGGAAUAUUUACUUAUUCAGGCCGCAGAGUGGAAACUACAGGCUAAAGAGCUGAAAGAACAGCACACAGUCAUGCAGGCUCAGCUUGUGUUGUACUCCGAGAAGUUUGACGAAUUCCAGGGUACACUGGCAAAAAGCAAUGAGAUUUAUACCAAUUUCAAACAGCAGAUGGAUAAGAUGACAAAGAAGAUGAACAAGCUGGAAAAGGAGUCAAAUACAUGGAAGACACGGUUUGAAAGCUGCAACAAAGCUCUUGUUGAUAUGAUAGAAGAGCGAUCUGAAAAGGCAAAAGAGUUUGAACUCUUCACUUUGAAGAUCGACCGUCUGGAGACUUUAUGCCGAGCCUUGCAGGAUGAGAGAAAAGUUCUGUACAGCAAGAUUAAAGAAAUACGUUUUCCGGAUAAGGCAUCCCCAAAACCUGCCAUGGACAUGCCUCAGGUAGAUGAGCUUCCAGAGCUCGUCCAACCUUCUACACCAGCUACAAACCCAGCCCUGACCGCUGAGAUGGAGAGGUUAUGGGAGGAGCAGACCCGCCUACAGGAGUUUGCAGCCUCCUUGGUCACUCCCAUUACAGAUGACAUUGGGGAAUCAGACAGUGAGGAAGAGGAGGUAUCCGAGUCUGGACAAGAGAUUCCAGCAAUUCCUGAGGUCCCCCAACCUGAGCCCACCAAACAAGCAGAUAAACUGAAAUUCGUACAAGAGGAACCCUAUACCACAGAGGAAAACAAACCACAGGUUGUAGAAGUAAAUGAAGACAAGCCAUUGCCCACAAAUCUUGAACCAGCCAAACCUGAGACAGAAUCCAAACCUCCUCAAGAGCCUCUGCAAUCAGAGAUCAUAGAACAACAGACAGGAAAACAAGAGUCAGCCAAAGAGGAACCAAGCCAGGAAGAAGUGAGAAACGUAGAAGCAGUCAAACAAGAGACAACUGAACAAGAAUCCACUAAGCCAGAGCCUGUCAUAAAAGAAGAGGCAAUACCAGAAGUGGACAAAGCUGAAGCUGUUAAAUCUGAGCUACCUGAAGCAGACUCACCUAAACAAGAGUCCCUCAAAGAGGAUGAUGUUCAAAAAGAGGAAGCUGCUGGGGCACAGACAGCAAAACCUAAAGCCCAAAAAUCUCAAGAGGCCAAACCAAAGGCCAGCAAACCCCAGAUUAAAAAACAAGGUCCUACCAAGAAAGGUUCUGCUAAGGGUGUGAAGAAAAGCUAAGCCAAAUAAUGCAUAGUGCAUUAUCCAAGGUGCACCAUGUGGACUUUUCUUUAUUUGCUAGAUCAGUUUGUUUUAAUGAAGUUUGACGAGUGUUUUGCUGUUAACGAAUUACAUAUAGAAGAUGAUAGACUGGUCAUAUGCCACUUUCCUUUAAGUAAGUUAACUUUAAGAAUGGCCUCUUGGCUAUCUUUGCAUAACUUUCUGAAUGUAGUAUGGACUUUUUCAACUUCCACUUCUUUUCACUGACAUCAAAUAAAGUUUUACUGUUGACAAUC